GUGAAUCCUAGCUCUGCAUCGAAGCUGCAUUGCGCAUUGCUUGAACUUGCUUCACAGAAGCGUCGCACCAAGGCCGCAAGAUACUUCUUUGUUGUGGAUUUGCGCUGUGGAUUUGCGCUGCCUAUCAGAAGAUAUUGGGGCCAUCUUCCCCGCGCAAUGUCCGUUUCUUCUCGCGCCUUUGCUACAUCGAGUCCUACGCACAUUGCAACCGCGGCUACAUCCUUCAUAACCGAACAGAACCAGGUGUCGGGCUUAUCGUUGAUCUCUAGAACUGCUUUUAAUCCGAAUCAGUGGGCCAUCAGAAAACUACUUGAUCCUGCUCCCAAGUUUCAACGUAGACCACUUGGCAAACAAGUGUUCAUACUCAAGGCAAUGGCGACCGAAGGAAAUGCUGCCAACGUAACUGGCAAAGUGUCUCCGCGCCUGAUGGUUGUGUCGGAUCUGGACAACACGAUGGUAGACCACCAUGAUCCCCCGAACGAGCGGCUCCAAUCUUUCAACAAGCUCUGGGAGUCGGAGUUCAGCCACGAUUCGCUCCUCGUCUUCAGCACAGGCCGGUCUCCAGUUCUGUAUGAGCAGCUGCGGAAAGAGAAGCCGCUCCUAACGCCAGGCAUUGCCAUCACGAGUGUUGGAACAGAGAUUGUCUAUGGGGACACGUUGCAAGCAGACAAAGGUUGGGAGGAAAUCUUAGAUCAGGGCUGGGAUCGCAACAAGGUUGUAGAGCUGACGAAGAAGUAUCCAACCCUGAAAUUGCAGGCAGACACUGAACAGCGACCACAUAAGAUCAGCUUCCACAUCGAGAAGUCUGAAGCUCAGAAGGUGGUUCCCGACUUGACGGCAGCAUUUGAGCGGGAGAAGCUUGCGGCCAAGAUCAUCUACAGCGGUGGCUAUGACCUCGACAUCCUGUCUCAAGCCGCUGGCAAAGGGCGUGCUCUCGCAUAUCUGCUGAAGAAGUUCAAGUCUGAGGGCCGCGCCCCAAAGAACGUGCUGGUCUGCGGAGACUCCGGGAAUGACAUCGAGUUGUACGAGGUUGAGGGUGUCAACGGAGUCAUCGUUGGAAACGCCAUGGAGGAGCUGGUGUCCUGGUAUGACUCCCAAGCAGACAAGGGCCACGUCUUCAGAGCCACGCAACGGUGUGCUGCGGGAAUUGUGGAGGCCAUUAAGCACUUCAAGUUUGAUAGCUCGAGUUGAUGACUUGAGUAGCCAGCUUUUGACAAUGGUUUGCAGAUCACAAGUCCGCUAAAUGAAAGCCUCAGGUUGAAUGACAUGAGCGACUGUAUAUUAUGCAGAGGUGAAUCUUCUUGAGAGGCCACCCGACCUCGGAUUCUGAAGCGCGGAUUGAUGGAAAUCAGAUCCCAACACCACAUGGCGGCAUCCGUGCAAUUUGUAAGCAAUCAUUGUCGACAACUAUUGGAUAUAGAAGAAAGACGCCGCGCGCUU